AAAGACAGUCGUGAUAUUAAUAUUACUGUGAUUUUAAAUUAAUUAAUUAGUAUCGAUAAUAAUUUCUAAGGAACUAUAGGUACGUGGAUUGAGUUUGUUGUUUACUAGGUAUAUUGUGAUUCAGUGCAAAUUACUCGUAAUUAAAUGGUGACAAAAUAUUUGACGACACAAUAAGUGGAAAUCCCAGAUAGAAAAUAAAAUAUUAAUCGAUCGUAUCUUAUUUAUCAAUAAGAUUAUAAGAUACAGAUCAAAGUGCUAGUGACAAUAUCAAUAGUGUUUGUGUUAUUUUCCAGCCUGUGAAAAAUUAAAAAAUCAUAAAGUGAAAAAUUGAGUUCACAUAAAUCCAAGAGAAAAUGCAUGCAGAAUAAGUAACAGAAAUAUAACUGAAGAAAAUCUAGCCCCAGAAGAAUCCUGAAAUCAAUUGUAUAAUGUACGAGACUCUUUAAACGUAUUCAGUAACCUCAUAGAACAAAUGACUCACGUUCAUUCAACUGUAAUAUCAGUUACAUGCACAAUUGCAUCGCUAAUCCAAGCGUAAGAAAAGUUACACCUCAAACCAAUUAUUCCUAUUAUCAGUGCAACGCCAUAUCGCCGGCCCUUCAUUUAUAUAUAACAUUUGGACAGCAUCGUUUGUCAUUAAUAACGAAUUAGCCUCUGCUGUGACAACAACCAUGUUUUAUUACUUACCACCAUUCAUAACGAUAGUGUGUUUCCUAUAUUACUACUUCACGAGAACAUUUAAUUACUGGAGAAGCAAAAAUGUGAAAGGACCAACUCCCAUACCAUUUUUUGGAAAUUUUAUCGAUGUCUUCUUCAGAAGAAAACACGUUGGGAUUCUUUACACUGAGCUGUAUAAACAAUAUCCCAACGAAAAAGUGGUUGGUCUCUACCGGAUGAUGUCUCCAACGUUACUCAUUCGUGAUCUGGAUAUAGUGAAACAAGUGCUCAUUAAGGACUUUGAGUCGUUCCCUGAUCGUGGAGUGAAUUUCAGCAAAGAACGCUUGGGUGAUAAUCUAUUUCAUGCCGAUAUAGGAGUGAUGAAGGUUUUAAGGAAACAUCUAACUUCAGCCUUUACAGCGAACAAGUUCAAGAACAAUUUCCUUGUCCUUGCUGAUCGAGCUGAUAAAUUCAUUGACUAUAUCGAAAGCAUCACAAUGAAAGAUUCUGUAAUUGAUACGUUGCCGGUGUUUAGAAAGUACGGCGUUGAUUCAAUAAUGAUGGGCGCAUUCGGCAUUGAUAUUGAUCCUUACAAUGAUGACGACAAACUCUGUGAUCUGAUGGAUAAAGAAUUUCAGACACCAAGCUACUGUCUCGAAAUGGAAUUGUUGUUCCCUGGUGCUCUAUCAAAGCUGAACCUAUCACUGUUCUCGGAUAAAACGGUUCAGUUUUGUAGGGAGGUUAUUGAAGCAGGCACCAAAUUAGAACCCAUUGAAAAGGCUGACAUUAACAGAGCUAUGGAUAUUUUUAUGGACUUGAGACGAGAAGGCAAUGUAAGCUCUGGUAAAAAAAGUGAAGAAGAUAAAGAACUGUGGAUGAAAAUCACGGAUGACGUUUUAGCUGGACAGGUGUUUAUAUUUUAUUUAGCUGGCUACGGAAACAAUGCUUUGCUAUCAACAUAUGCAUUAUAUCACUUGGCUGAGAACCCUGAUAUCCAAGAAUUAUUAAUAAAAGAUAUUGAUGAGGUUUUGAAAAAACACAAUGGCAAAUUUAGUUACGAUGCACUAAAAGAUAUGAAAUACCUUCAAAUGGUCUUUGAAGAGACGUUACGAAUGCAUCCUUUAACUAACUCUGUGUCAAGAAACGUUGGUCGGGAUAUCAAGUUGGAUGGCACAGACUUUGUCAUAAAGAAAAAUACCAUUCUAGCUAUAUCUCCCUAUGCUAUUCAUCAUGAUGAGAAGAAUUAUCCUGAGCCAGAAGAAUUUAGACCUGAAAGAUUUGCUCCGGAGAAUGCGAAAGACCGUCAUCCUUGUGCUAUGAUCUCAUUUGGACUGGGUCCUCGAAGUUGUCUUGGAACAAGAUUUGCACAACUUCAAUUCGGGAUUUGUAUGGUGAAGUUCUUCUCCAAAUAUCGAAUUGAGUGGACCAAAGAUACUGUUAAGACCAUAUCAUAUACACCCAUGCGAUUAUUACUUACUCCAAGCGAAAGUAUAUACCUAAGUUUAGUACCUAGAAAUAGCUGAUAUUGUGCCUAGAUUACUUUAGGAUAAUUUAGUUUUAUUAAUUUAAAUGCUGUAAAUAUAGAAAUAAUGACAAUUAAAUUUUAUUUGGACUACUC